CUUUAACUGGUCUACACGAAAAAGGUGCACUAGAUUCUCCAGCGAUGGUUUGGAUCUCGCUUAAAGCUGAUGUUAACAACGGUAUUGAGGUUACUUGUAAGGAAACGGAACCUGCAGACUUAACAACGACCCCAACCACCACCACUACUACGACCACCACAGAACCGACAACGACUACACCUACAACGACGACGACAAAAGCAACAACAACAUUAAAACCAACCACAACAACACCAAAACCGACCACAACAACAACUCCACAACCGACCACAACAACACCCAAACCGACCACAACAACGGCAAAACCGACCACAACAACUCCAAAACCGACCACAACAACUACAAAACUGACCACAACAACUACAAAACCGACCACAACAACUCCUAAACCCACCACAACAACUCCAAAACCGACCACAACAACUACCACUCUUAAACCAACAACUACAACAUCAAAACCAGCCACUACAACAAUACCACCACCACCACCAACAACAACACAAAAACCUACCACCACCACUAUCACCCAAAAAACAACAACACCUACGUCAACAACUUUGUCAACAAUCAUAACAACAUUUAUACCACCUAGGACUACAACUGUCUAUAUCCCACCAACAACGACUGACUAUGAAGAAGAAACCACGAUUCCUAUACCAAUUGAAGGCGGUGGUGACGGAGAGAAAGACAAUGAACAACGUUUAGCUGUGUACCUGGCAAUAAUUGUCCCAAUCAUCGUGUGUCUAUUACUGAUAACGGCACUCUUACUGUGGAUAUACUGGAAGAGGACAACCCCCAGAAGGAGAAAAUUCCAUUUCAUGAAAGAUACCCCAAGAUCCCAGGUUUACAACACCUUUAACAACACAAAGAUUCUCGACGAUUUUAUAAAAGUUAAUGGAGGAAAUCCAAGCACACCAAUUAGCCUCGAAAAAUCCCCAAUAUCAUACUUUAUUUCUGUUCCUGAGCCGCAAAAACGACCUAAGUCUAUUUUGUCAAAUGGUUCAACAUAUAGACACCAACAUCCUCCCUCUGAACCUUAUGUUAUACCAAUUAAUGUAACUAAAACUGAUUCAAUGUAUACUUCACCGAGAAAGGAACCUGUGCAAAACAUAGAAUAUGUUCGAGUUAAUCAAGAAAAUAACGUGAUAGACGAUACUGUAAUUAUUACUGACACGAUUGAACCAGAAUCUAAAACAAAACCCGUUGUUAAAAAUGAGCCUGCACAACGAAAAAGUGUGUUGAAAAAGAAACCUGAUGCCUCAGACGGCAGCGUUCUUAUUCAUAUUGACAAUCUAAGCCUUCCACCAUUGUCCUCGAGGACAUCAGAUAUUAAUAGUUCGAUCGAUACAGCAUCAAAUCGCAGUGUUAUCGGUUCCACCCCUGGUAACCUGACACCAGAGAGACGGGAUAGCGGAGCUGCAAUUAUUUCUACGGAGCCUAUUGUUGAUAGACAUUCAGCAAACGCAUAUGUCCUACCAGGUAGCUCACCAGAAGACAGUUCUGUACUCUUUGUGCCCUGAUAAACAAUUAUAAAAUAUAUAAUGUUAAGGCACGACAUAAUAGGUCUUUUAUCGGUCCAUCUGGAUAACAAGUUUAUGAAUUUGUAUUAUAUCAAUGAUAUUAUUGAUACUGUUGAUAAAACCGAUUUCAGGCAUUGCGGAAUUAUUUAGCUCAUCGGCCAGUGCGCUGGAUUUGUCCAAAAUGAACAAAAUCAUUAGUCGAUGAAAUAUGUAAUAAUUAUCUUUGCUAUUAUUCAGAAAUGAACAUUUAUACAAGAAUACAAUAUAAUUAAAUUAUGUUUUAACCAAAAGCAUUGAAUUUGCUUUUCUUAUAAGCAGAGAAUACAUGAAACAAAUAAGAUUAAAUUAACAAUUAAAUUUUCAGUACUCCGUCAACAAAGAAAAUUUUGCUGAUGGAUCGCUUAUGUAUGUAAUUUGUUGUUUUUGUUUAUAUAUUUGCUGUUUGUUUGCCAUUAUCAAAAGGACAUUUACAAAUCAUAAUGUAUUAUCUGGUGAAAUUAAAAUAUGUUUAUAUUUUUAUAAAAUAAAUAUAAUUGAUA